AUGCCCACCAUGAAUCCAGCUAUGAAUCCUGGAUCCAUCAUCGACGCAAUCCGCAGUGACAUUGAGCCGAUCACUGACAUCUACUGGCCAGCCUUCAAAAAGGCAGUCGAGAAUGAUCCUCAACAGCUUCGCCCCAUCGAUCUGACCUGCACCAUCUGCACAGAGAAAAUGUCGACGCAAGGAUCCGCACGUGGUUCCAUCCAUUGGAUCCCGAAACCAGGUCGCAGAAUCUCCCAUGAAGCCCAGAUUCUUCCCUGUGGCCAUAUGGUCGGCGCUUGCUGCUUCAUGAACUGGCUUGCCAGUCUCUCUGAACGGUUUCGAGGUAGAAAGUUCUACUCGUGUCCUGUUUGCAGCACUGCGAUUAUGUAUCAUCCUGAGUGCGGCCAUGUAUGCCAUGGUCAACGAAUCCCAGGCUUGAUCGCCAACUAUUCUAGAAUUCCCCUUGUUCUGAGUGAGGGUGGUUUUAUCCACGCGCGAUGUGCCGGAUGUGAAGUCCAGCAUACCUUUUCCGAGCUGACCAAGUACACCAGUAUCUACAAGUGGGAAGAUGAAGUCGAGUCUAAUCAUCAAUACAUCACCCUUGGCUUUUUGGACCAGCGUCCUGGCGGUUUUCUGUACAUGGAUGGCUCUAGGGACCGCAAGCGACCUAUUUGUGAGCGCGUCCGAAGGCUCGAGACUCCAGAGGAGUUGAAGACUAUCUGGGAAGCCUAUAGAAAAGUUUGGGCUCUGAAGUUCAAGACCUUUUGGAUUUCGCAUGAUCUUUCCAGUGUAGGUCUGUGUCUCUACUUGAUGAAGACCUCGAAGCCACUUCCCAAGACGCUCAAGACACAGGGCAUCUUUCGUCGGGUCUUCUCUCGAGGAUCUUCUUCCUGA